GCGCGACGCGUGCGCACACAACACACAUACAAUACCGAAUCGCUUCCCACCACCUAAGUACGAUCCGACAAAGUCGCAAAAUUUUUAUUAUUUUUUACAAUUAUUCAUAGCGAUCGACCGUGUAUAAUAUCGCAAUUUUUUCUUCCGGUACGCCGUGCCGCUGUGUUUUCGCGUUUUCAUCGUCGAGGGUUGAUUUUCGUCCGGGCGACAUCGUUUUCGUUUCUAAUAUCGCUCGUCGACCUCCACUCGCAGAGCUGUAACGGACGAACCGCUGCGUCGUAUCAUCAGUUGCACGCGGUCGUCUUCGACAACAAAUAAUAAUAACGUCCGUCCGACGAGCAAGUUUCGCAUUAUUAUUUAUUUAUAAUAAAUAUAAUUUGCGCGGGCGACGGCGAACCAUUAUAAUAUUAUACACACACUAAACCGGUUGUUGACCUCUGGCGAGGGCGCGCGGCCGAGCGCGAGAGCAUCGGUGGCGGUGGCGGUGGCGGCGGCGGUAGCACCGUCGACGGCAGACGCGCCGCCGACCCGGUCACAUCUCGGACCGCCGCCUUCGCCGCCUCCACCGCCUCAACCGCCGCAGAUGUCGUCGGACUCGAUCGCCGUCGCCGGGACAGCCACCGACGACAUCCGCCACUACAGGCACCACCACCGUCAUCAUCACCACCAUCACCUCCAUCACCACGGCAAACGACAUAAGCGACCACCUCCGCCGCCGUCGUUGCGAAGACCGCCGCCGCCGCCCGAGACUUUUGACUCGGCUGUGGCUGCCACGCGCGACACGCCGGACACCGCCGCAUACCAUCAUCCGGUCAAGUAUACCGGAUCUGUAGCGGUCAACUGUCACGAUCAGAUGACACGAGUCGAAUUCGUCAGAAACCUAAUGGCCAAACACAGAAAGGUGCAAAUUGAAAAAGAAGUCUCGCUAUUAAUUACUGUAUCCGGUAUUAAAGUAUGCAGUCCAGAUGGCGAGGAAGUUUUAAUGGCUCAUGGACUCAGGAGAGUUUCGUACGCUACGUGCGAUCCGGGAUGUAAACAGUUUUGUUUCCUGGCCAGACAACCUGGUGGUCAUAUCAACAAACAGUACUGUCAUUUGUUCGUUACAAAGACGGCUGAACAGGCUGAGGGAUUAAAUUCUAUUGUGGGAAAUGCGUUUAGAAUGGCGUAUGCUGCCCAGUUGGAGCUGGAAAGACGAUCGGUGACGAACUCGCCAAAAUCCAAUUUGAAUAAUACUUCAUGGAUGAAAUUAAAUGAUAAAUUAAAUGUACAACGAAUCCAUAAUGGAUCUCCUUUAUCGAAGAAGCUUAUUGAAACUCCUAAACCAACUCCACCAACGACCUUACCAGGCGUACGUCCUUUUGACCAUAGUAAAGGUUUAGAUCUCACGCCAGGACAAUUUUCUACACCAACUAGUAGUGACGACAGUCCAGAUUUAAAUACAUACAAGCGUAUGUUAGAAAAACCCCCAUUAAUUAAACGUUUAGCCAUGGGUUUAUCAGUACACAAUAACUGCUCUAACGAAGACUGGUAUCCGCUAGUUUGUAGCUCUUCUGUAUCAAGCUCACCGUCUACCAAUAGUGACGAUUGUAGUACUCCUGAAUCUUCUCAAGAAAAAUUAAAAGACAAUAGAUUAACUCAAUGUAAUGCACGAUCGCCAGACUCGCCUUCAAAUAUCAAACUUAAAAAUAAUUUAAUAUCAAACAGUAUGGACAAAACUCCAACUCCUCCACCUUUACCAGAACGAUCAGAUAGUCUUCUGGAUAAACCAGAAGAAUGUGAAUUAAAAAAAGCACCGUGGUUUCAAGCCGGGAUUCCAAGAGAAAUAACACUGGAAGUUUUAGGACAAGAACCAGUAGGAGCUUUUAUGGUUCGUGAAAGUACUACCAAACCAGGGUGUUUUGCAUUGUCAUUAAGAGUACCUCAAGAAUUUCAUCCUCUAGGAAUCGCUCAUUAUCUAAUACUCAGAACGAACAAAGGGUUUAAAAUUAAGGGUUUUACGAAAGAAUUCACAACGUUGACCGCAUUAAUAACACAUCAUUCAGUAAUGCCAGAACUACUACCUUGUCCUUUAUCUUUGAGCCGAUAUAAUCCAACAUUUGUAAAAUCUGAUUCCAAUCAGGAUUUUGCAGAUAUUGAUGCGGAUCCAGAUUACAAUACGCUUGCAGACUUUAGAAAAAUGAUGGCUGAUUUAAAUGUAUAAACUUUUAAAACUUUAAUAAAACAAAGCAGUAUUAUAAUAAUUUAUAAAGAUUUGUAUUCUUAAAUUUAAAUAUAAUUUGUAAUAAUAAUAAUGUGAGUUAUAAGUAAAAACAUAUUAAAAUGAAAUACAAUACAUUUGAUAUAUAUUAUAAACUAUCGAUAAUAAUAACUUUAGUGUGCUAAAAAGUAUUUAUAUUUUUAACCAUUUUACUACUCAUAAACAUAAAGUUUAUUGAUUAUUCUGUUUUGAAUUUGAACUGUACCUAAAUACAGUUAAUUAAAAAUAUGUAUUAUUUAAAUGUAAAAAUCAUUAUAGUCCAGUUAAUUUUAUGAAAUAUUUUAUAAUACUUAUAAACCUUGUAUGAACUAUUGUAAUAUUAUUUUAUCAAUUUAUAAUUUUUCGCAUAUUAUCAAAACAUAAUUUGGUAACCACAAAUAAUGCCAAAUUAUGGGUAAAUUGAAAUGUGUAAUUUUUGUAAAGUAAAAAAAUAUUAUUAUCAUUCCUAGUCUCGUGUGAUAGAUAUAAAAAAAUGUACAUAUUAUAAUAAAUAUUUAUUCACAAACUAAUUGAUAAUUUUUAGUCGUUUUAGAUAUAACUUUCUUGCAACCAUUCUCCGAAAUGUUGUUAAUUAAUAAUUAUCUAUUAAUUUCAAUAUAUAUGUUUUUUAUUACCGUCAAUGGCUGUGUUCCUAUAUACAAUAUACCUAUUUCAAUUCCAAAUUAAAUAUUGGAUUAUGUAAUAUGAUAAUGCAUGUGAUCAAAAUAUAAAGCAAAUAAAUAAAUUACAAUUUUGUACAAAA